GUUUUGCAGUUCUCGGGGUGGGAGGAUGCGCUCCGCCGUGCUGCUUCGUCACUGGAGUCUGGCCGUCUUCUUGCUGUGCUCGCCGGUCGCGCCUUACGGGAGGACGGCGGACGCGCUCGGGGGCAGAAUGCGGCGCUCGGUGAGCCACGCCCAGCUGAUGCACGACAAAGGCCGCAGCAUGCAGGAGCUGAAGCGUCGCCUGUGGCUGCAGGAGCUCCUGGAGGAGGUCCACACGGCCGAGGAGCGGCCGGUGACGGGCGGCGGCGGCGGAGGCGGCGGCGCUUCGCCCGACUUCAGCGGCAACGACCUCCGCCAGAAGCCCCCCGAGGCCACCAAGGACCUGCCCCACAGGUUGGGGCCGGAGCGCGAAGGCCCCGUGCUGCCGCAGGAGACCCACAAGGCGUCGGCCUACAAAGACCAGCCGCUCAAGGUGGCCACCAAGAGGAAAAAAAAGGCCAGGCUGGGCCGGCGCAGGGAAGGCGACAGGAAGCGCAGGAGGAGCCGCGCCGUCCCGACUCCGGACUGACCUGACGCCGGAGGCCCCCGCAGUGACCCGCCAUGGGCCCCCAUUUCGGCCCGAAAGAUGAUCCUGAGAUCCCCUCGGGCGGGGGUCAUGCCUGUUCAGUACUUACGAUGUCACGUUGCGUCUUUGCAACAAAUCCCAACACGUAUGUUCUGUUUGAAUCAUUUUGAUGUUUAACGCGGGACGCACAAUUAGCAAAAAUACCCGAUUUGCAUAUGUGUCCCGCCUUCC